CAUUGCCCACAAAACUCGCAGCAUAACCCGACGGCGAUUUUCCUCAACUUUUAAUAGUUGCAUCACGGUUCAGAUCUUGGAGCGUCCUGGGAGAACCAACUGACAAUGUCCUACAAUGCAAGGCAUUCCCCGCCGAGGGGCUUUCAUCCUCUCCCGCCCCGCCCCCGCGAUUAUCGAAAUGAUCGCGAUCAUGACCGCGACCGAGACCGCGACCGAAACCGCGACGCGAGAAAUCGAAACAACGAAGCAAACUCGUAUCGGCCAUUUGGAUAUUCGGGCCCGCGCGGUGCUAAUAGCUACCAUCCGCCGCAGGGCGAUUUCAGCUUUCGCGUUGACAAGCCAGCAGGAAUCCAAGAAACCGAUACCUAUCGCCCCAACAAUAGGAAUUUCCACAGUGAUCGGCGCGAUCCGCCUUCGCCUCGACGAGAUUCUCGCUCUACAAGGAGAAACCGGCCUUCAAAGACUGCCAAUGGUGACCGGCUGCCUCGCGAUGCCAGGUUCGGUGGAGGGCGCGGAGGCCGGCCAUGGCGCCCCUUCGUUGCCGCUGAGCGUGAAUUGCUGAAAGCCGACCAUGCCACUGGUUCAGAGCUCAACUUCUUCGAUACCCAGGGCGGCGUGACAUACCGUCCCUUAGAAGAUCUGACUGACAGCGAGGAGGCCGACAUGGACAUUUCUGGAGAUGAGGAUGAGUCCUCCGCUGAACCCUCAAGUAAGCGCGCACGGCUGUCCGUGGAACAAUCCGCCUUCGGCAACAGCGCGCCAAAGUGGUCCAACCCGGACCCUUAUACAGUCUUGCCGCCGGAGACAACAACACAGGGAAAGAAGAAAGAUGUCGUCCAGAUGAUUCGCAAAGCCCGUGUACCGGUGAAGCCAGUCAAAGUUUCUCUCCCUUCUGAAGAGGCAGACUUCAUCUCGCUUGACGUUGAUAGUGACGUCUCCGACGACACCGGCGUCGCGGAAGUGCCGCCACCCGCAGUCCAAGCGCCUCGCGGGCCUGACAAGCCAAAACCUGCACGGGAACUUUACCCAGAUCCUACACCAUCGGCUCUCGGAAGCCGGAAGCGGACCCACGAUGAUGAAAUCAAGAUGCCUCAUACAAAGCUCAAAAAGGCCUCCAAGGCUCCUGUUGGGGGUGAUAUCGUCAGCGAGUGGCGUGCGGUGCCCGGUCAGCCUUCGACUCCGUGGAUGGUAGCAGACCACUCUCAGUCUGCCAACGUGGCCGUCUGGUUGCACAAGGAAAUCGUUGACUUUUACGAGUACAUCAAGCCCCGUGAUUUCGAGGAGCGUUUGCGCAACGAACUGGUCCAAGACCUGAAGAAUUUCUGUCGGCAAGCGUUCAAAGACGCCGAGGUGUACCCCUUUGGCUCCUUUCCUUCUGGUCUCUACCUGCCCACUGCCGAUAUGGACAUGGUUUUCAUGUCGGACCGGUACUGGCGCGGCGGGCCCGCUAAGUAUGACACCAAGUCGGCAUUACAUCGAUUUCGAGCACAGCUGGUUAGCCAUAAGCUGGCUUGGGAUAACGAGAUCGAGCUCAUUCUCAAAGCCAAAGUGCCUCUGGUCAAGUUCAUCGAGCAUCGGACUGGCCUCAAAGUCGACGUCUCGUUUGAGAAUAGCACGGGCUUGACUGCUAUUGAGACGUUCAAGGCUUGGAAAGAGCAGUACCCUGGCAUGCCGGCAUUGGUGACCCUGAUCAAGCACUUUCUUCUGAUGCGUGGCCUCAACGAGCCCGUCAAUGGCGGUAUCGGAGGCUUCUCAGUCAUCUGCUUGGUGGUGAGUAUGUUGCAGAUGAUGCCCGAGGUUCAGAGCGGCAACCUGGAUACCAGGCACCACCUUGGCCAGCUUCUUUUGCACUUCUUGGACCUGUACGGCAACAAGUUCAAUUAUCAGACCAUCGCCAUCAGCCUGAAUCCGCCGCAAUGGAUUCCGAAGCACCAGGUUACGGCGUUUGCCUACAAGAACACCGAUCGUCUUUCCAUCAUUGACCCGAAUAACCCGGCAAAUGACAUUGCUGGCGGAUCGAGCAAUACAAGCACAGUCGUUUCUCUCUUUUCCCAGGCUCAUCACGACCUGACUGAGCACAUGGCGCGGCUGGCGCAAGAUCCAGAACGGCGAGGUCAGAGCCUUCUAGGGGUUAUCAUGGGCGGAAACUACUCAAGCUUCCAGAAGCAGCGCGAUUACCUCGAGCACCUAUCGAAACAGGACAGGCAGCACGUGGACCAGCCUACCGUUCUUCAGAGACCACCUGACUUCAGGAAUCGUUCGUCUCGAAAAAGGAGAUAAAACCCGUUCCCUGCGUCGCCUCCCCGUCGCUGAACGCACCGUUCUGUUACGAAGUACCGAGCAACAACAGGAAGGACCCGGGUGGCAUACUCUUCCUUUCCGCUUUUUUCUUUUUUUAUCUUUGCCUGGACGGGCAACGUUGAGAUACUCGACUUGCCGAGUUUCACUGUCCGACGAUCAUCCUCUGGGUCAGCAUCGUGGAGUUGAGGAAACAGGUGCAUCGCGAUACCCCUUAUAGAUCCAUGGUUGUCUUUUCUUGUUUGCCCUAUCACUGUCCGGAUUCCUGAUCACGGCACUAUUCCGCUGUUAGAUUUUCCGUCCGCCGGAGCAUCCUUGUCGAGUUGUGUAGUAUAGGGCGAUGGCGCUCAACCCGACAGCAUGUUGACGUUGUCGCCAUCCGCAGCCAAGGACAUCCUUUGAGCGUCUACCCUGUUGGGCUCAGCUCAUUCCAUAGGCCGAGUUGGCUGUUCUGAAUCAAUCAGUCUUCCU